AUGGCUCAAGGUUCUCGUCUCGAGGCUAUCCCGGAGCUCCACGUCCUCCCUCCCGUGCUUGGCAUCGCGACUGACAAGCUUUUGGGAGGUUUGACGGCUCUGGCACUAUCCACAGGUCCACAUGCAUACUUCGUACAUAAAUCUCCUCCCUCCGCGUGCAAGUGCGCCCCGGCCUGCCCGAUCCACCUGGCUGCUACCCGCCUCGUACGGUACCCGACGAUGCUCGACUCGAGCACAGCGGGUUGCCAUCUCCGUCCCAGCAAGAAGGGAAGGACGAUGGCAACAAGGCCGCAGUCUACCUACGCGACAAAGGUCGCCGCCGCACCUCUCGCCUCUUCAGGAGCGGGAGCUCGUGGGACCGCAGCAUCGGUCCGCCUCGCCAAGCUCUGGAUGCCCGACGACGUGGCUUUGAUCGGCCCGGGCUUCGUCGAACGUGACCCCCGGGUCACUAGCCUUGUAGAACUGGGUCGCCGGUAUCCCGUCCGGGCUCUUGGUCCCCUGGCUGCUGACGGCCAGGCUGAAGCAGAAUGGGUAGUUCUGCGCGCCGUUGGGCUGGCUGGCGACGUGCAGCGCGAUGAUCUCGUGCCGCAGCACGUAGUUGCCCGGCGCGAUGUCCUCCGGCAGCCUGACCAGCCAGCUGUUGUUGUUGUUCGUCAAGACGUUGGCCGCCCAGCUGUCUCUGGCGGCGUCGAGGAGGCCGGCCUCCGAGAUCUUGAAGAACUUGAGCUUGGUCUUGUCCGCCUUCUCCUGGUCGUCCGCGAAGACUUGUGUGUCAGCUUCUGGUCCGAAGAGCUCCAACUAGAGGCGGCAGAUGCUUGA